CGGAGAGACGGGAACAAGGACCAGGAAUGGUGAAUAACCGGGUCACCGAGUCGACCACCACGGCAGUGAGCAGUAACGGGGGCCCCCCUAAAGCCUGUGCCGGGUGUGGGGGGAAGAUUGCCGAUCGCUUCCUGCUUUACUCUAUGGAGCGGUACUGGCACACCCGCUGCCUGAAGUGCUCGUGCUGCCAGGCACAACUGGGCGAGAUUGGCACCUCCUGUUACACAAAGAGCGGCAUGAUCCUGUGCCGGAACGACUACAUCCGGCUGUUCGGGAGCAGCGGUGCCUGCAGUGCCUGUGGCCAGUCCAUCCCUGCCAGCGAGAUGGUGAUGCGGGCACAGGGCAGCGUUUACCAUCUGAAGUGCUUCACAUGCGCCACCUGCAGGAACCGACUGGUACCGGGCGACCGAUUCCACUACGUCAACGGCGCCAUCUUCUGCGAGCACGACCGCCCCACGGGGCUACUGAGCGGCCACUUGAACCCCCUGCAGAGUAACCCCCCCAUGCUCCCCGACCAGAAAGUUUGCUAAGAGGUGGAGCCGAGCCGGAUGUGUACCCCCCGUGCCUUCUGUUCAUAUUGCCAUGGCGACACAUCAGCGACAUAGAAAGAAAUCUAUAUAUAAAUAUAUAUAAAGAAAUAUAUUGCCCCUCCUCCAGGUUAUUUUUUUUUUGUUCCUCGUGCCCCGCCCACCACGGACAUUCCGAUUGGUGUUUCAGUCUGGAAGGAGGGGAUAAAGAGACUUGUAAAUGACAUGUACAAAGAACAAGACCUAUUUUCCCAUUGGACGGAUUUGUGGGAGGAGCUAAGGACUCUUUGUGAUGUGCACUGGAUAUUCCUGUUUGGCGCCGGCCAAUCACAAGCCCCGUUACGGAUGCACGCCUAUAUAGCGGGAUACUGAGGCGCAGUUGGGGAGUCGGCGACUCGCAGUUUGGAUUCUGUACAGGCCAACGGAUGCCGCCAUGUUGUAUUAGACACGCCCUGGGGGAGGAGCCUUGCAACAAGCACUGGGGGUUCCUCCAUUUAUAUAAAGACCCCUCAGGGCCUGGGGGAUGCAGCAGGUAGGAAAUGGGGGGUGAGGCUGUGCAUGCUGGGAAAUGUAGUUUUCCAGACGGUUGGUGGGGGGGGCCCCGUAAUAAAUGGAGUCAGUGACUUCCUGUUCUCUCCCCCUGAGGCUGAUGGGAGAUGUAGUUCAGGGGCAGCAGUAGGGGCCAGUGUUAUUCCGCCCCAGGGGAUCCCAGCUGCUGCCCUCGUGGUGUUGCUGAACUACAGCCAAUGAGAGAGUGAAGGGUUAAAGAUAUGUAAGAGACUGGGCUUGUACCAUUCUCCUCCCAGGGGGUGUUUGGGGGGGGUCUCAUGACAGCACUUACAUAGGGGGGUGAGUUUGGGGCACAAAUAGCACUAAAUAGUGACUGGCCACGCCCCCUGCGCUCCCUGGUGUCACAUGUUCCUAUUGGUUGUUGGCAAGGGGGGGGGGGCAGUAUGUUGUUGCCAUGGAUCUGCCCUGUCAGCAAUGGGGCUUAUUAUACUCCCUGAGCUGGGGCAGCUGCGUGGGGCAAUGGGAAUAGAAUUAGAGACGGGGGCCAAUCAGAGAUCAGUAAGGACUGAGCAGCAGAACUAGAGCCUGACGUCAAUAAGCCCCGCCCCCUCCAUCUUACAUCACUGAAUGCAGCCUGGGACUAAUGAGGGACCCCCAAAUGUCGCUCCCUAAGAAUGUGGCCCCAAUGGUUGAUUCCAGCCAUAGCGAAUUGGAAAGUGACUGGGGGGGGGACACUGGCUGCUCAGUAACUGCCCCCCGUGGGGUAUAAUCAGGCACGAGAACCAUACAUAUAGGGGCAGUUGUACAGUAAAUGUGCCCCCCACUAUCUGCCUAUUCAUUUGUCUUCUGAGAUUGGCCAAUGGGAUUAGGGAGCCCUCAGUGCUGGGUGCCUAAUAACAGGAAGGUGCCAUUCCAUGCCUGGGGGGCCCCCUAUCCUUGGCACCUCCCACCCAGUGAUGCUGCAGUUGGGGGGGGGGGGGGGUUCCUGUGUAAAUAGUUGGAAUAAAGGAAUUUUGUGCUUUCUGUUGUGUUUUGUCCUGGGUUUGGGCCCCCGGGUUGGGGUUUGGGCCCCCGGGUUGGGGAUUGGGCCCCCCCGGGUUGGGGAUUGGGCCCCCCGGGUUGGGGAUUGGGCCCCCCCGGGUUGGGGAUUGGGCCCCCGGGUUGGGGGCGGGAACCGAUUUUGUAACAAAAAGAAAAAAAAAAUUUAAACAACUUUGCACUUUUUUCUUCCCUUCACCCAAUUUUGAUGCUGUUAUUGAAAAUUGAAAUAAAACUUAAAGUUUCCAUGA